CCCCAGGCCCACACGAGCAGUUCUGCAGCCGGGGCUGCGGGCGCAGGAGCCGCAACCGCGCGAGGAUGGACGUUGCGGCCGGCGGCUUCUCGGAGGGGCAGUUCCUGGAGGCCUGCGCCGAGCUCCAGCAGCUCGCGCUGGCCGGGGCCGACUGGCAGCUGCUGGUGGAGACCCUGGGCAUCAGCAUUUACCGGCUUCUGGACCAGCAGUCUGGACUUUAUGAGUAUAAAGUCUUUGGUGUUCUGGAAGAUUGCCCACCAACUCUACUGGCAGAUGUCUAUAUGGACUUAGACUAUAGGAAAAAAUGGGACCAGUAUGUUAAAGAACUGUAUGAGAAAGAAUGCAACGGAGAGACCGUCAUCUACUGGGAAGUGAAGUACCCUUUCCCCAUGUCCAACCGAGAUUACGUCUACAAACGGCAGCGGCGAGACCUGGAUGUGGAAGGGCGGAAGAUCCACGUGAUCCUGGCACAGAGCACCUGUGUCCCUCAGCUUACCGAGAAGCCGGGUGUGAUUCGAGUGCAGCGGUACAAGCAAAGCCUGGCCAUUGAGAGUGAUGGCAAGAAGGGGAGCAAAGUUUUCAUGUAUUACUUCGAUAACCCGGGUGGCCAAAUUCCGUCCUGGCUCAUUAACUGGGCUGCCAAGAAUGGAGUUCCUAACUUCUUGAAAGACAUGGGGAAAGCCUGUCAGAGCUACCCCAAGAAGACCUAAGGAAGGGAGUGGGAGCUUUGUGUCCAUGGAAUGAUGUCUCAGAAGUGCCACAACCCCCCACGCUCAGCCUUCCUUUCAUUCUUUCGUCUUCAGAGGCCUGCACCUACAGCACGUCGCCGCUGAGCCUGUGUGCCAGGCGCUUCCUUUCCCACUCUCCCCACCCCAGGACGCACUGCCUUCUUCCACUAUUGAAUUUGGGUCACAUUGGGGAAACCUUUGCUUGUUUAUUUUUAAAAAGGGAAGUCCUCCAUAGGGAACAGUCAUCCCAUUGUGCCACAGUAGGGGGAUGGGUGGGUGGAGCAGUGACUACAAAAUCUAAGGCCGACCUAUCCCGGCAAGCUGGCUCCUUCCCAGAAUGUGAUUUCUUGCAGCCCAGGAGGGGAAGCUAAAAGUUGACUAGCCUCCAGCAUGGCCCCUCAGCCCAGCAAGACUGGCAGACACGUGCCAAGUCCAUUUGCAUUGGGCUCUGAUGACUUGAUUCAGCUGGGAUAUGACAUGAUAAGUCUCUCCCUGGUCUCCUUCUGAAAGAUCACCGUUAUGCGAUCUGUUAUGAGACCAAACCAUUUUGGAAAACAGUAGGCCUGGCUGAGCAUAUAAUGUGACAGCCAUUUUUUUUUUUCUCAUUGUAUGUUCCUGGGUUUUUCUCUUUCUCAUAUGUCACUGGGGGAAGGCUUAUCCUACCUCACUAGCUCUGCAUUUGACUGGAAACAAGACAUUAAGGUGACUGGCAGUUAGUGAAAGCAAAUAUGCUUUGCACACAGCAAACAGAUAAAGCAACUUUACGUGCAAUGAGAUGAAUUUCCCUUCUAGAAUGUUUGGAAGUGUUGAAGGGAUAAUAGUUCACAGCCAGCAAAAUAUUAAUUAGUAGCUUGGUUGAACCUAUACCCUUUUCUCAGGAAUUCUACCUAAGUUGUCUGCCUCUUCCACACUGAGAGAUUUCAAGUUUCCUGUUUUCUCCUAAAUGUUGGUAAGAUGUCCUGUGGCCAAAGGCAGAGCUUUGAUAAUCUCAGGGAAAAUUUUUAGCUACUGUGUAUGAUGGUACUAUACCUUGAUGAAUGGGCAUAGAAAUUCAGGACGUAAAGCCAGAGUAGGAAAUUUACUGAAAUGGGAUACCUCAAACUGUGUUUUCUUUCUGGGCAUAAAAGUGUAGUCCUACCAAAUAAAUACAGAGCAACUUAUUCUUAUCCUGUCUGCAGCUUCCUUCCCACCUUUCAUAAGGAUGAUUUCAUUAGGUCACUUUUGUUUGCAAGUCACAUCUAAUCUAACUCAUGGACUUGAACGUAAAACAAGAUUUGAAGCUCACUUACAUGCAAGGCCACAUGUAGGGCAGCCUCAGGUAGGGGUUGAUGCAGGUGCUGAAACUGACAUUGGAAUUCAGCUUUUUUCAAGUAUCUUCAUUGUUGGGCAAUGUUUGGUGGCUGGGUUGCUGCUGCCAGCAAAAAGUAGAAAGGCAGCCUUGCAUCUUCCCAACCUCACACUGAGCCAAAAAUAAGCAUUUCUUUCUAAUGCAUACCAAAUUAUCCCAUGGACCUUCCCUACCUCAGUCAUUGUGCUCGUGUGGAUAGAAUGAUGCAAAUAAGUAGAUACCUCACACAGUUAUCUUCAGUAUAGCUUAUCAGUAAUGUAGCUGGAAUUUAAAUUUAGAUCAACUACAUCUAAAUGCCUUGUAGAGGUCAAGUUGAAAUUUUGUGUAUAGCGUCAUUGAAACACAUGCAAUAGGAUGAUAGUCUUAGCAGCAAGCACUUAGUAGGCAAUUGUGUGUGGUGUCCUGCAUGCCCUAACUUUUUAUCAGUGUGCAAGAAUUUGCUCAGAACUCUAAGAAUACCGAGAAUGAGUUUUAGAUGAUAGUCAAAAAGAGGUCACAAAGUUUGCUCUAAACUCGUAGUUAUGACUUUUUGGCAUUUAUGCUUCCUCAUUUGGAGUAGAAGACUGUCCUAAAUAGAACUGAAAUUCGGGGUUAUAUGGGAAGCUGAGAACCUCUGAGUCAGCAGUAGAUUCCAAAGGUGCAAAAAAAUGCAUAGGACGGGUAUGUUAGAAGUUGCACCUGGUUCUUCAAGGGGUACCUUUCAGCAGGGGCUAGAUGUGUCUUUGGAAUUUGAAAGUUAUAGCAUCAUUCCUCUAGCUCUUUGUUUUACUUACUUUUCCUGUGUCUGUCUCUCCAAAUAGACAACAAGAUCUUUGUGGACAGAAGCAGGUAUUUUACUUUGAUUAUUGGGCCAACCUGAGUGAAUGAAUGGUUUAGAGAAGAUUGACUCAUUGGCACACACAGAAGACUAAACCCAUCCAGAUAGAGGCUGAAUUUAAUUACAUUAAGUAAUAAUAUCCCUUGGUGAUUUAAUUUAAGGCAAAUUAUUUCCCAGUUUAUUGGUAGUUCUAGAUUCUUCAGGUUCCCAUGGGUUCUUCGUUGAAAUUACAAACAUCCUUUCUUUGCUGGUGUGACUUCAGGUUAUAUUUAAUGUUGUGGUAAAGGUGCAGUCUGGACUGAAUCCAGCUGAGAUUAGUCAGGACUUCAGGAUUUCAAUGACAAAAGUAGCACUACUGUCAAUGCUGUAUUUUUUCCACAGGCAAGUUAUUCACACUGCAUAACAAUUUCGAAUUAAUGGCCACCUUGAAACUGAGGAAUUCCAACAGAAGGUCACUUCCCUUGCAAAUGUUCCCAUUUCACACAGUGAGAGUCCUGGCCCGGUUCCCCAGCUGAGAUUCCUCAUCUAGAUUCCCAGUCUGAAAUGCCUGCCCUUCAGUCUUGAUUCCCAGCUGGGAAGACAAAACAGGGAGAACCUAUUCAUUCGGGUCUCACGUUUCUGAUAGCAACACUUAGCCACCUCAAAAAAUUACAAUUAAAGACUUGGAGACAUGUAUUCACUAAAUGUUUCACAAGAGCCUGGUGACUAUUUUGGCAAGGGAAUAGUCAUGGCAAUUCCUGGGAUGAAGGAGACAGGCUUGGUACCUGCCCUCAAAACACUUUGUUCUGGGAAAGAAGACACAGAGGACAAUCUGUUGGCAGGGUGAUAAGUUUAGAGAAAGAUCAAGGAAAGGGUGCUAGAGGCUGUAAAACUGGGUCACUGACCAUGUUGGGGAGGGGUUAGGAAGAACAUGGCAGAGUUGGCUGGGUGAAGGUUGGGGGAGAAAACUUGCAUAUAGAAGGCACCAUUUGCAUAAAGUCCUCAGAGCAGAAGUCUACCAUGUCUGAAGAAUUAUCAAAGACCAGUAUGAAUGGAGCAGAGAAGGUAUAGGGAAGCAGCUCCUAUGUGGCUGAAGGAGAAGGCAGUUGGGCCACUGGGGAUCUUGAGAAUCAGAGCAAAGAUUUUAGAAUCUUACCAUAACCUGGUAAGAUGAUUCAUUCUUAACAACUACAGUGACCCCCCCAGCCCUACCCCCAGGAUACUCCACUAUCUCCAGCAGCUCCUCUUACAUAAGAAAUGUAAGCUGGUCUGCUUUUACCAAAGUGUCUUUUCCUAUACUCACCUUAAACUCUAAGAAAAGAUAUAUUUUUUGCUUGAGAAGACAUACAUUGUAUGUUUAGGUUCUCUGAAUUUAGAAUCAACAAAACAGGAGGGCUUCAGAAAAAAUUAUAUAUAUUUAUACACAUUUUUGUGUAUGUCUACUUGGAUGCACAUAAUAUGUGUUCCAUUUCAUAAGGUUUAAUAAUGAAGUGAGAACUGAGCAGUCUGUUCAAGGUCUCUACAUGAUAUACCAGGCCCAGUAUUAGGCCGUGGAGGACAUGAAAGCAGAAUGGAUUCUACCAUUAGGGAGUCAGCAGGCUGUCGAGGACGGGGAAUAUGUGUGUAACUUAUGUUAAUAAGAAAAAAUGUGAUCACCAUCACAUGGAAGAAAAACAUGUCAUAUUUUAAGAGUUUGUGGGUAACUGCUAAUUUUGCCAUGGGGUCUGUUGUCUCUUAGCAAAGUACACAGUGACCAAGCCUCUCUUGUACAGUGUGGCCAUGUGGAAUGUUCUGCCUAGAGUUGUUUGAGCAUGAAAAGUAUGUGCCACUUCCAGUUCAAGAUGGUAAAAGCUAUGAACUGACUUGGUUCUUGUCCAAGAGCUGACUUGGUUCUUGUCCCCUUCACCAUGGCUGGGAAAUGAGAUCUGGAACAAUUGCCUUGGGUUCAAAGAUGAAAGCCUAAGAUUAAGGAUCACAAAACAGGCCUACCACCCCUGGAUUGUAAUGAGAGCAAAAUAAACUUUCUUAUUUUAGUUACAGCAUUUUAAAAAUAGCAGCUUGGCCUAUACCAACUAAUGACCAGUUCACAGGGCAGUAUCCUUUUGAACCAGGAGAUCAGAAGUAUGUAGAGGAACCACUCGCGCUAAAUCUGGGUAGGAUUUCAGCACAGGCCUAUGGGGAGAAGGGCAUUACAAAUAGAGGCAUAUGAACAGUGACACAUGGGAAAUCAUGCCAUGUUGAUGACUUAGCUCAAUGUUAGAAAGGCAUCAGGAACCAGAGCCGAACCACAGUACUGGGAUCUGGGAAUAAGAGCAUGGAAGCUGGCACUGGAGCAGCGUAGUCUUUCUGAUUUUCCAAUCUCCAAGUGGAUUAGUAGACUUAUCAUAAGCAGAGUAUUUAAUAUCUCUAGACCUGAUGUGCCUUAUCAAUAAGUUUGAGAUAACUUCCUAUCUCCCCAAAGACUAGGCUUUAAAAAGUGCCGCCAAUCCAGUAUCUAGCACAUAGUAGGAGUUUCAUCACAUUAAUUCUUUUUCCUUAUCUAUGAACACUAGGAUAUCAACAGGUGUGAUGGCUAAUUUUAUGUGUCAACAUAACAUUGGUCAAACAUUAUUCUAGGUACGGGUUUGGGGGAUUGGUCUGUUUCCUGAUCUAAUUUUAUUUUUUAAUUUUAAUUUUGGAGGUUACAGUUUUGCUCUUCCCUAUGAGCACAUGUUCACUCACACUGUGUCUGAGGGGGAUUUUUGGAUGAGAUUAACACUUAAAUCAGCCAAGUAAAGCAGAUGACCCUGUCUAAUGCAAGUGGGCCUCGUCCAGUUAAUGGAAUACCUCAGUAGAUGAAAAAAGGCACCCCUUCCACAAGUAAAAGGCAACUGCUCCUGCCUGACUGCUGACUUUGGAGCUCAGUCUUUUCCUGUCUUCAGACCUGAGCUGAAAUCUUCGCUCUUCUUGGAUCUUGGGUUGCAACUACACCAUCUGCUCUCUUGAGUCUCUGGCUUGCUGAUUGUAGUUAUUAGGACUUCUCAGCCUACAUCAUCAUGUGAGCCAACCCCUUAAACUAAAAGCUUUCUCUCUCUGCACACACACACACAGUCACACCCUGUUGAUUCUGUUUCUAGGGAAUCCUGACUAAUACAGCAAAUCUGUCAGAGUGACUUCUAGAAGUGAAAAUUCAUGUAUCCAGCACCCUCAUAGAUUAGGUUUUUCCAAAUCCAUUGAAUAUCUUACAGGAAAAUCAGUCUGUAGUGAACCUUGAAGGCACAAAAAUUUGACAAAACUUGGAUGGAUUUCCUUUGCAGGAAAAAGGAAUAACUUGAGAUAUAACACAGAGGCAGUAGCAUGAAAGGAGGUAGGUGUGUGCAAUCGGAGGGAGUAGCUGGUGAUAGUUCACAUUUACUGAUUCAUUCAAUUCCAGGCACAGGUUAAGUCCUUCACUCAUGCUAGAUCACUUUGUUCGCUUAUAAAGUCUCCUUAUAAAGCAAGGAGCUCACUGUAUAUUUCACACAUAGAACACAAAGUAAUUCAAAAUUUUAUGUUGAAGGAAUGACAGGAGCAACAAUUGUAAAGCCCCAGGAUCUCAGUUUGACCUCUAUGUCACAAAGUGAGGCCCACAAAAAAUAUACGCUUACUUUUGUGUUUCACCUAAUGCUCACCAAAGAAUGAAUUUUGAGAAAAAUACAUUUUUUAA